AUGGAAUUCACUGAUGAUCGAGAUGAGUUUAAUAAUGAUUCUUUAGAUGAUUUACCUGAAACUGAGACAAGUACAGCACUUGUACCUAGAUAUGUUGAUAUUUUAAGGGAGCUGUUGACAGAAGGCUUUACAGCUGUGAAGUUCUUCAAAAAGACCCAUUUUAGUUAUUCAAUGAGAACGGACGCCGAAAAAGCUUUACGUCAAGCCCUAACUCAUGUUUCUGCCGAAGAUGACGAUUUGGGUGAGCCGGCAAAAUCUUUAUUAGCUGUCGUCGACAUCCAUCUCAAGGCAAGCCGUACCGAAAAAUUUUGGGCUUCUCUUCGCAUCAAAGAAGAAAAAGAUAGAACUUGCAGACUAGAAGAACUAAAACAAAAAUCUAUCCAUGUGCAGUUAAACGUUAUAGAUGAGCACAUUCACGUAAGUGACGAAUCGAAAAUGGAAUUUACAAAAUCUACCAUGGAAGCUCCUAACUAUAACGAAGCUGAUACAAUUGGAUAUCAACAACAUACCAAUACACCAAAAAAGCGUUCUUUCAAAGAAGUUCAAAAUGUUCAUGAAACCUCCUCUGGUGAUUACACUGAAGGCGAAGAAGAUGAGAACUACAGCGAUGGCACGGAGGAAGGUGAUGAAAAUUGA